UGGUCAACGAUUGAUAACACAAACACACUUGGGCCAAUUUUUGAACUGCUGUGCGGAUAAGAAUUUUGUAAUUACACAUCAUUUGUUUGUAAAAAAAUCCCAUUGUUCACGAGUGGAAGGAAGAAUAAGUCAUGGAGAAGGAUACAGGAGCUACGAAGCCUAAACCUACAACUACGACCAAAAAGGAGAAAAAGAUGACCAACGCCGGUCCCAUCGUUAGUAUAUCUGACCACGAAGCCAGCGAAAUAGUCAAGGAAAAGGAGAGACCAAAAGUCAAGUCGGUGACCACUAUUAAACUGAAACAAAAGGGGCGGCAUGGAAAAAAGUCAGUGGUCACCGACUUGGACGAAUAUGGAAGGGAUGACAUUUCCAAAGAAUCGCAAGCAUCCAGCAGCAGACCCAGCACGCAGGAUGCCAGAAUUCACAGAAGAAAAAGCCACCACAGUAACAAUGUCACUGUGAUAUCCUCCCCACCAGAGAAUCCAUUGCCACCACUGGUCCCCCCCAUUGAUCCAGACGCAGAGAGCAGUGCGGCCGAAGCGGUACAAGAAUUUUGGGACACUGCGUGGACAAUUUGUGCCGAGCGGUUUUAUCACGAAAAUGCGGCCAAAACAUUUUGCAUUUUGGAUUUGAGAGACACGUGGUUAAGAAUUAUGGAGAUGGAGUGGUUGGACGUGGAUAUGCUAAAAACUCAGCAAAAUAACCAAUUACCUAGAGCUAUGUUCAUGCCCGAUGAGCCUCUCUUACCGUUGGAGCCUGACACAUGGACUCGUGGCGGACUAGAAGAGUUUCCAGCGGAGAAAAGAGAGUCAAUCCUGGAUCCAUUUCUGAGAGAUUAUUCUAAAAUACCUGACACAAUUCGGAAGGAGUUCUCGUGGAUUAACGGAGACUUGUUACUUGGACCAGACGUCUCAGAAACCUCCACCGUCGAGCUGCCAAUUAUAGCGGAAUCUAAAAAGUCUAUACAUAUUGAAAAUAUUGAGAUCAACGAUGAACCCGAAGGUGAGAUUGUUGAAACGGUGAAUGAAAUCAAGGACAAUGAAGUCAAAACCGAAGAGAGAAAAGACAUCGUCUCAAAAUCUAGCGCAAAACAAAAGUUAUUUAAUAAACCAGGCGAGAAGAAAACUGUUGUCGAAAAACCAAAAAAAGUCAAGCCGGAGAAAUUUACAAACAAGCCACAGAAAUCGAAAAAGAAGGCAAGCUUGUCUCAAUUUAAGCCGAGGGACAAUAGAAAGAGCAAAAUCCCCAGACCCGUUAAUACCACACAAAAAAGUCUGGUGGAUGACACCGAAGUGAAAGCAUUGAAAUUAAUUUCCUUGGUCGAGGAACAACAACUUGUUGUUCCAACAAAUUCUGAAACAUCGUCAAUGCACGAGUUUGAUGAAAAUGAAGACGAUCAACUUGAGGCACCCAGCAGCACCCAGUUUGACAACGACACUGCGACAACUUUCCCAAUCACGCCCGAUUUAUUAAGCGAGGAAAUUCUGGUCAUAAAACCAGAAAAAUCCUUGUCCAAAUCAAUCUCGUCCGAACAGCGGCUGAAAAGCGUUUUUGGACCAAGACGGCUAGAAUCAACCAGCAGUGUGGACAUUGCUGACUAUUACAACUCAAUGGGGAUGAAACCUUGGAAGCCUGAAGACUGUGGGGUUUGGACGGGAAAAGGCCACGGAAUUUUUCGGUUGCCAAACCAAACCACUAAUAAGGCCCUUAGACUCGCUUUCCAUAACGCGUCCAUGGGCUCUAAACCUGGGGAUGGAGUUGAAGCCGGCGCAUUGGACCUGACCCAUUUGACGGAUACUCACAAACAUGGAGAACAUGUGGAUAUGAGACUUUCCAGAAAUCCAAGCCAGAUGAAUAAUUCAGAAUCACGUGCAGAUUUUAUGCGGUAUAAAUCUUUAAAAUCCGUGAGCAUGGGAAAGAUUGGGCAAGUUCACGGACUGCAGAAACUUACUCCCAGCGAGAGGCACUUUUUCGACCACAAGAUGCAUGUUUUUCGGAUCAAAUUAUUGCGUCAAAGUCAAUUAAAAGAACAUGGCGAAAUUUCCACAGACGACGGUGCUGCUAACGAGAUGAAACAGGUCGAAGUAGAUGUCACAAGUGACGUCUCCACCACGAAUGACAUUUCAAAUCAAAGAUCAAAAUCCAUAAUUGACACUGAAAAAAAGGCGGUGCCGAAGCGGAUCACUAUUGUUGACCCCAUUACUGGACGGACAACAAACCGUAGACAGACGCAGAGGGGGAGCACGAUGAGGAAAUCAGAGCUGCAAAGCAUCACCCCAAAUCAAGAUGACGAUUUCUUGACCCGUCUUGCAGCAAAAGGAGUCAUAGUGCCAGCCCUUGCUUCAAAUGAUAACCUUCCAGAAAUUCAGAGGACCAAGAAAAUGCUGAUGAGACAUUCUUUGUUCACUUCGAAGAGCAAGCGACAAGUAGCUUUACUAUAUUCGCAACUCAACAUAGAUGGUGAAAAAUCCCUACAGAAAUUAGUACCCAAUGAUUAGCUACAUGUAUGUUACAUACUUAUGUACAUACAGUAUGUACAUAAGUAUGUACCUCUAUAUGUUCCUUGUGGUCUUUUUGUCCAGUAUUAUUUAUUAUGACUCACCACAUUUACUUGUGGAAAUUUUGCAAGU